UUGAUUACACUGCUUGUAUACGUUGUUAUCCUUAUCUUACGAUUGAUAACAUGGGCCGAAGACCGCCCAGUUUCUAGGAACCGCUUKUUGGCAGUUUCAGGGUACUUUUAUGGCCUCRAYACCAUGUUCCUCACUMUCAGAGUAUUUGGUCACAUCAUGGAAUCUAAAAAGUACACAGGGUCAAUCCAAAUUGCUCUCUUUCAAAUCAUUGGUGCUGUAGUGGCAAUCUUUGGACAGUUUCUCGCAGCAGUACUGGCGUUUUCUCUUGUCAUAACCAAAGUGUACGUGGCAGAAAUGUCUUACACCACUGGAACAAACUCUACUUCACAUGGGUUCUGUGAAAACCGAAAGGGUGGUAUAGCUUGUUGGUGGAGCUCUGCAACACAUCUCCUGUGGUCUCUUCUCGGCAUUGCGGAGCUGGACCCUCUCCAGUCAACCGAUGGCCCAUCUAAUGUGCUUGCUAAAUUACUGUAUGGUGCAUUCCUAAUAAUGGCUGUAGUAAUGAUGAUGAACAUGAUGAUAGCUCUACUCUCAAACACAUACCAAAAAGUUGAGGAUAAUGCAUUUUAUGAAUGGUCGUACAGGAAAGCAACAACAAUAAGGACCUAUGUUAACUAUCAUCCUGUCCCUGUUUCACAACCAUAUAGUAAAAUAGGUUGUUAG